AUGAAUAUUCUCCCAAUUUUAAUUCUUAUCUUUUGGACAAAAUAAAUAAUUGCUUAAUUUGCUUAUAGUGAUCAAAUUUAAACUAGCGACUUAGAAGUUGUUCCAUAUAGUGCUAUUUUAAACCAAAACUAUGAUUAAACAGUUUCAAAAACUGUGACCUUUACUAAUUAAUUUCAAAAUGUUCCAAAAAUUAUUGUUGGAUAUAAAAUAUUUGAUUAUGAUCGUGAUGGUAAUAUUAAAAGCUUUGAACUUGUUGUUAGUAAAAUAACAACAACAAAUUUUUUAAUUUCAUUUACCAAAUACUAAGAUACUAAAGUAUAUAGAUUUGUUGCUACUUGGAUUGCGAUAGAUAGUAUUUAUGCUUUUUACAAACAAGUAGUUCUCAAUUUUUCUCCUUGGCCAUCAUCAAACAAUUAAGUAACAGUAAGUAAUCCUUUUUCUAUGACACAAAUAGAUAACACAAAGGUGUAAAGAAAGGUUAUUGCUUUUGUAUAAGGUACAUUUUUUAAUAAAAGCCCAUCAAAUAGAAAUACUUUUUAAAUGUAUGCUACUGUUAAUACUAAUACAAUUGAUGUAAAUGUUAUUUCAAAUGAUCCAACAUAAAGCCUUUCUUAAAUCAAAGUUAAUUAUAUUGAGUUUUACUCAAAUAUAACAACGCCAUAUUACGAUGUAACUAUUAUAAACGAUUAAGACUUUCAAAGCUAUAAUCCUAAUAAAUACUGUCCUUGGACAUAUGGAAAAACUAAAACUCUUGAUUUUAAUUAUGCUUCAGACGUUAAUGGAGUUGUUGCUGCUAUUACAGAAUAUGACAUCGACUUUACUUUAGGUCAAUCUUCAAGACUUCAAUUAAAUUUAAUUUCUUAUACACCAAUCUAUAAACAACUUAAUUACAAUUAUAUAAUAAAUCUUGACUCAAGUACAUGCUUUUAUUCUAUGGGUGCAUAUAUUGUUGCAUUUAAAAUGUAUGAUUGCUCUCAGAAUCCAAGCACUCCAAUAAAUUUUUCUCCAUAAUAUUAGUGUGUUUCUUAGUGUCCAGUAGGAUACUCCUAAUAGAAAAGAGAUAACUCUUAAAAUUUUUCAUAUUGUUAACCUAAUCCAUGUUCAAUAGCUAACUGUCUUUUAUGUGACACGAAUGGUUUAUGCAUAUAAUGUAUCACUGGAAAUUAUAUGUAUAAUAGUUAAUGUAGUGCCUCUUAACCUGCUAAUACAUAUUGUGAUAAUAAUUUGAUCUGCAAAAGUUGUUCAGCAAAUUGCCAAGCAUGCUUAAAUGAAAAUUCAUGUACAACUUGCCAAAGUGGAUUUUAUUUAUAUCAAGGAAGUUGUACUUCUACUCAACCUAGCAAUACAUACUGUGAUAAUUUUGUUUGCCAAAAAUGUUAAUCUUCUUGCUCUUCUUGCACUAAUGGAUCUUCAUGUACUGUUUGUAAUACUGGAUUAUAUUUUUAUCAAGGAGCAUGCACUUCAUAAUAACCAGACAAUACUUAUUGUGAUAAUAAUACUUUAAUCUGCCAAAGUUGCUCAAGUAAUUGCUCAAAAUGCUCAAGUUAAAAUUCAUGUACAACUUGCCAAAGUGGAUUUUAUUUAUAUCAAGGAAGUUGUACUUCUACUCAACCUAGCAAUACGUACUGUGAUAAUUUUGUUUGCCAAAAAUGUUAAUCUUCUUGCUCUUCUUGCUCUAAUGGAUCUUCAUGUACUGUUUGUAAUACUGGAUUAUAUUUUUAUCAAGGAGCAUGCACUUCAUAAUAACCAGACAAUACUUAUUGUGAUAAUAAUACUUUAAUCUGCCAAAGUUGUUCAAGUAAUUGCUCAAAAUGCUCAAGUUAAAAUUCAUGUACAACUUGCUAAAAUGGUUUUUAUUUAUAUCAAGGUAGUUGUACUUCUACUCAACCUAGCAAUACAUACUGUGAUAAUUUUGUUUGCCAAAAAUGUUAAUCUUCUUGCUCUUCUUGCACUAAUGGAUCUUCAUGUACUGUUUGUAAUACUGGAUUAUAUUUUUAUCAAGGAGUAUGCACUUCAUAAUAACCAGACAAUACUUAUUGUGAUAAUAAUACUUUAAUCUGCCAAAGUUGCUCAAGUAAUUGCUCAAAAUGCUCAAGUUAAAAUUCAUGUACAACUUGCCAAAGUGGAUUUUAUUUAUAUCAAGGAAGUUGUACUUCUACUCAACCUAGCAAUACGUAUUGUGAUAAUUUUGUUUGCCAAAAAUGUUAAUCUUCUUGCUCUUCUUGCACUAAUGGAUCUUCAUGUACUGUUUGUAAUACUGGAUUAUAUUUUUAUCAAGGAGCAUGCACUUCAUAAUAACCAGACAAUACUUAUUGUGAUAAUAAUACUUUAAUCUGCCAAAGUUGCUCAAGUAAUUGCUCAAAAUGCUCAAGUUAAAAUUCAUGUACAACUUGCCAAAGUGGAUUUUAUUUAUAUCAAGGAAGUUGUACUUCUACUCAACCUAGCAAUACAUACUGUGAUAAUUUUGUUUGCCAAAAAUGUUAAUCUUCUUGCUCUUCUUGCACUAAUGGAUCUUCAUGUACUGUUUGUAAUACUGGAUUAUAUUUUUAUCAAGGAGCAUGCACUUCAUAAUAACCAGACAAUACUUAUUGUGAUAAUAAUACUUUAAUCUGCCAAAGUUGCUCAAGUAAUUGCUCAAAAUGCUCAAGUUAAAAUUCAUGUACAACUUGCUAAAAUGGUUUUUAUUUAUAUCAAGGUAGUUGUACUUCUACUCAACCUAGCAAUACAUACUGUGAUAAUUUUGUUUGCCAAAAAUGUUAAUCUUCUUGCUCUUCUUGCACUAAUGGAUCUUCAUGUACUGUUUGUAAUACUGGAUUAUAUUUUUAUCAAGGAGCAUGCACUUCAUAAUAACCAGACAAUACUUAUUGUGAUAAUAAUACUUUAAUCUGCCAAAGUUGCUCAAGUAAUUGCUCAAAAUGCUCAAGUUAAAAUUCAUGUACAACUUGCCAAAGUGGAUUUUAUUUAUAUCAAGGAAGUUGUACUUCUACUCAACCUAGCAAUACGUACUGUGAUAAUUUUGUUUGCCAAAAAUGUUAAUCUUCUUGCUCUUCUUGCUCUAAUGGAUCUUCAUGUACUGUUUGUAAUACUGGAUUAUAUUUUUAUCAAGGAGCAUGCACUUCAUAAUAACCAGACAAUACUUAUUGUGAUAAUAAUACUUUAAUCUGCCAAAGUUGCUCAAGUAAUUGCUCAAAAUGCUCAAGUUAAAAUUCAUGUACAACUUGCUAAAAUGGUUUUUAUUUAUAUCAAGGUAGUUGUACUUCUACUCAACCUAGCAAUACAUACUGUGAUAAUUUUGUUUGCCAAAAAUGUUAAUCUUCUUGCUCUUCUUGCACUAAUGGAUCUUCAUGUACUGUUUGUAAUACUGGAUUAUAUUUUUAUCAAGGAGCAUGCACUUCAUAAUAACCAGACAAUACUUAUUGUGAUAAUAAUACUUUAAUCUGCCAAAGUUGCUCAAGUAAUUGCUCAAAAUGCUCAAGUUAAAAUUCAUGUACAACUUGCUAAAAUGGUUUUUAUUUAUAUCAAGGUAGUUGUACUUCUACUCAACCUAGCAAUACAUACUGUGAUAAUUUUGUUUGCCAAAAAUGUUAAUCUUCUUGCUCUUCUUGCACUAAUGGAUCUUCAUGUACUGUUUGUGAUACUGGAUUAUAUUUUUACCAAGGAGCAUGCACUUCAUAAUAACCAGACAAUACUUACUGUGAUAAUAAUACUUUGAUCUGCCAAAGUUGCUCAAGUAAUUGCUCAAAAUGCUCAAGUUAAAAUUCAUGUACAACUUGCCAAAGUGGAUUUUAUUUAUAUCAAGGAAGUUGUACUUCUACUCAACCUAGCAAUACGUACUGUGAUAAUUUUGUUUGCCAAAAAUGUUAAUCUUCUUGCUCUUCUUGCACUAAUGGAUCUUCAUGUACUGUUUGUAAUACUGGAUUAUAUUUUUAUCAAGGAGCAUGCACUUCAUAAUAACCAGACAAUACUUAUUGUGAUAAUAAUACUUUAAUCUGCCAAAGUUGCUCAAGUAAUUGCUCAAAAUGCUCAAGUUAAAAUUCAUGUACAACUUGCCAAAGUGGAUUUUAUUUAUAUCAAGGAAGUUGUACUCAAACUUAACCAAUCAAAACUUAUUGUGAUAACAAUAAAAACUGCUUUGGUUGCUUGGAUUCAUGCUCAUAAUGCUCUAAUGGAUCUUCUUGUACAUCUUGUAAUAGCGGAUUAUUUUUUUAUGAAGGAAGUUGUACUGCUGCUCAACCAUAAAAUACAUACUGUGGUUAAAAUUAAGUUUGUACUAAGUGUACUGUAAACUGUAGUUCUUGUGAUAGCACUCUAAAAGUUUGUAAUUAAUGUAAUCCUAAUGAUUAUAAGUAUAAUUAAUAAUGCUAUUCAUCAUAACCUCCUUAAACAUACUGUGAUAACAAUAAAAACUGCUUUAAUUGUUAAAUUUAUUGUUAAUCUUGCUCUGAUGGAAACUCCUGUAUUACUUGUAAAAAUGGGUUUUAUUUUUACCAAGGAAAAUGUACUCAGGCUUAGCCAAAUAAUACUUUUUGUGAUAUUAAUUUGAUCUGCCAAAGUUGUUAAGCUUCCUGUUCAUCAUGCACAAACGGAUAGUCUUGCACAUCUUGUAUUAAUGGAUAAUAUUUUUAUUAAGGGUAAUGUACUUCUUCUUAACCAAAUAAAACUUUUUGUGAUAAUAAUUUGAUAUGCUAAAGCUGUUUAGAUUAAUGCUAAUCUUGCUCUAACAAAACUUCAUGUACAGCUUGCCAAAGUGGGUUUUAUUUUUAUCAAGGAAAUUGUACAUCUACCUAACCUAGUAAUACCUAUUGCGAUAGUAAUAAGAUCUGCUAAAUCUGUUUAUCCUCUUGCUCAUCAUGCUCUAAUGGAACUUCAUGCACUUCUUGUAUUAGUGGUUAUUAUUUUUAUUAAGGUAAUUGUGUUUCUACUCAGCCAAGUAAAACUUACUGUGACAGUAAUUUGAUCUGCUAAAAUUGUAUGCCUUCUUGUUCAUCAUGUUCUGAUGGAUCUUCAUGCAAAUCUUGCAAUGCAGGUUUAUAUUUUUAUAAAGGAAACUGUUCACCAUCUCAACCAGAUCAAACUUUUUGUGAUUCUAGUUUGAUCUGCCAAAGCUGUAUGUCUUAAUGCAGCUCUUGUUCAAAUUAGUCUACAUGUAAUACUUGUUAAAGUGGAUUUUAUUUUUAUCAAGGAAAUUGUACUCAAACUUAACCAAUCAAAACUUAUUGCGAUAAUAGUAAAAACUGCUUUGGUUGUUUGGAUUCAUGCUCAUAAUGCUCUAAUGGAUCUUCUUGUACAUCUUGUAAUAGCGGAUUGUUUUUUUAUGAAGGAAAUUGUACAGUUUCUCAACCAUAAAAUACAUACUGUGGUUAAAAUUAAGUUUGUACUAAGUGUACUGUAAACUGUAGUUCUUGUGAUAGCACUCUAAAAGUUUGUAAUUAAUGUAAUCCUAAUGAUUACAAGUAUAAUUAAUAAUGCUAUUCAUCAUAACCUCCUUAAACAUACUGUGAUAACAAUAAAAACUGCUUUAAUUGUUAAACUGAUUGUUAUUCUUGCUCUGAUGGAAACUCUUGCACUACUUGUAAAAGUGGAUUUUAUUUUUACCAAGGAAAAUGUACUUAAACUUAGCCAAAUAAUACUUUUUGUGAUAUUAAUUUGGUCUGCCAAAGUUGUGAAGCUUCCUGUUCAUCAUGCACAAACGGAUAGUCUUGCACAUCUUGUAUUAAUGGAUAAUAUUUUUAUUAAGGGUAAUGUACUUCUUCUUAACCAAAUAAAACUUUUUGUGAUAAUAAUUUGAUAUGCUAAAGCUGUUUAGAUUAAUGCUAAUCUUGCUCUAACAAAACUUCAUGUACAGCUUGCCAAAGUGGGUUUUAUUUUUACCAAGGAAAUUGUACAUCUUCAUAACCUAAUAAUACAUAUUGUGAUAGCAAUAAGAUUUGCCAAAACUGUUUAUCCUCUUGCUCAUCAUGCUCUAAUGGAACUUAAUGCACAACUUGUAUUAGUGGUUAUUAUUUUUAUAAAGGUAAUUGUGUUUCUACUCAGCCAAAUAAUACUUUUUGUGAUGGUAAUUUGAUCUGCCAAAGUUGUUAAGCUUCCUGUUCAUCAUGCACAAAUGGAUAGUCUUGCACAUCUUGUAUUAAUGGAUAAUAUUUUUAUUAAGGGUAAUGUACUUCUUCUUAACCAAAUAAAACUUUUUGUGAUAGUAAUUUGAUCUGCUAAAGCUGUUUAGAUUAAUGCUCAUCCUGCUCUAACAAAACUUCAUGUACAGCUUGCAAAAGUGGGUUUUAUUUUUAUCAAGGAAAUUGUACAUCUAUCUAACCUAGUAAUACCUAUUGUGAUAGCAACAAGAUAUGCUAAAACUGCUUAGCUUCCUGUUCUAAUUGCUCUGAUGGGUCAUCAUGUACUUCUUGCGCACCUGGAUUAUAUUAUUAUCAAGGAAACUGUAAUUAGGAUUAACCAAAUAAUGCAUAUUGCGAUUCUUAAAAAAUUUGUAAGUAAUGUAAUAAUCCUAACUGUAAAUUAUGCGAUAAUACGUUAAAUUAAUGUACAUAAUGUGAUACAAACACAUUUCUGUAUAAUUAAUAAUGUUACUCAUCAUAACCUCCAAAAACAUUUUGUGAUUCUAAGCUAAUUUGCCAAAGUUGUUAAUCAUAAUGCUUAACUUGCAGUGAUGCUAGUACAUGCAUAUCUUGCGUAAAUGGUAGUUAUUUCUAUCAAGGAAGUUGCACAAUAUCUUAACCAAACAAUACUUAUUGUGAUUCAAAUAAAAUUUGCACAAAAUGUAAUAAUUCUACUUGUAAUGUUUGUGAUUCUACUUUAAGCAUUUGUAUUUAAUGCAGAUAAAAUAAUUAUCUCUAUAAUUAACAAUGCUACUCAACAUAACCCUCAUAAACAUAUUGUGAUACAAAUUUAAAGUGCUAAAAUUGCUUAACCUAAUGUCAAACCUGCUAGAAUGCAACUGAAUGUACAUCUUGCCCUAAUGGAAAUUAUUUAUACAGAGGAAGCUGUCUUACAUCAUAACCUAAUAAUACUUACUGUGAUGAAAAUAAGGUAUGCAAUCAAUGUAGUGAUAGCUAAUGCAUGUAUUGUAACUAAUAAAAUGAAUGCAUUUAGUGUCUUUAAUCUUUAUACCUCUAUAAUUAAUAAUGUUAUCCUAAUUAACCUCCUCAAACUUAUUGUGAUAAAAAUUUAAAAUGUGAAAGUUGCCAUUUUUCAUGUGAAACAUGUUCAGCACCUGAAUUAUCGACUACAUGCUUAACUUGUGCAUCACCUUCAACAAGAGUCUUUGAUUCCUACAAAAAGGAAUGCAUAUGCAAAUAAAAUUAUUUAGAAGAAGGGUCAAUCGACUGUAUUGAAAAAAUCGAUGUAUAGAUUUAAGACAGCUUUACAAAUCAGAGGAAUAAAUGA